AUGAAAUGCUAUAAUGCAGAAUCUGAACUUCAAACAACAAUAAAUUCAAAAUAAUAUCCUUCUGAAAUAAAUAGUCCAAAAUUAGAGAGUCAGAUAUAGAAAAGAAAGAAAUGGAAGAGUGAUGAAAUGGCUAAAUAUUGUCCAAUUGAUAUACCAAAUGCAUUCUAAUAUGAUAAGGUUAAUGGACAGAAAUUUCAAUUAUUUUUAGAUGGAAAGUACUCUGCAAAUAAGUUGGUAAAGGAUAUGAAUGUAGUAACAAAGAGGAAAAGAUUAACCUAAUUGGAGUAAGAAUUCUAUAAAAAAAAGGAGGAGCAAUAAUUAAAAAAGGAAUUAGUUGAAAGAAGAUUUACAAAAGUAAGAACAUUGAUUAACUCUAACAUAAAAUUAAGAGAAGUAAAAAAAUAUAAUUUAUUAUUUUAAUUUAGUCUUUGAAGCUAGAAUCUAACUUGAAAGGAAGUAGAAUGUUCUCUUAAUUAAAUAACCAUAUAGUUGAUCAUAUAGCAAAGAUAAAAUCGAAAGAUUUAUUGACUGAUCGAAUAGAUGGAGUCAGAUAGCAUGAGACAGCAAAACUUUAUGAUUAUAGUAAAUCUGGAAUUAAGUUAAAAUUUAAUAAGAAAUAAAGACUCAUUAAAUCAUAAACAUAAUAUUGUUUAAAAUAAGCAGCUACUUUAGAAGUAUAAGAUCAUGUUGAAUAAUACUUUAAAUAAUAACAUGAAGCAAUAUAAUAAAUUGAAUUAAAAUAAAAACGUAAGGCCAAACUUAAAAUAAUCUCUGAUAGAAAACAUCGUAAGUAUUUUACAGAAUUUGAUAUCAAUAUGUAAAAUAGAAAAGCACCUCCUUCUAUCAAGGAUGUUAAACUUUUUAAAUAUAUUCAUGGUUAGAUGUUGAUAGAAAAGUUUUAGUAAAAAUAAGGAGAUUAAAAAGAGUAUUCUGAAAAUACUAUGAAAAAUAGAAAAAGUUAUCAUAUUCUUUCAAAUUUUGAAAAACCUUCAGAAUUAUACGCGUUUGAUGAUUGUGAUUAAUCUUUUGAAUCAAUGAAAGAGAUGAAAUUAUCCAAUCUCUAUGCUUAAAGUAUAGAAUUACAAUAGAAAUUGUUAUCAGAACGAAGAAUAGUAAAUCAAGUUCAAUAAUCAAAGUAAAUAGAUUAAACAACAAAUUAAAUUUAGAUUGUUAACAAAUAAAAACUAAAAUGA